AUGUAUCGCGGCGGUCGGAUUGGAAUAGUGGCAGUGGCAGUGGCAAUGCGGCAGUAUACGAGAGUGGCAUCAUGGGGGAUGGCAACGCAUAUCCCUAUGCUCAACGCCGAGGAUAGGCACCAUUUGGACGAGUCCAUCGUUGCAGAAACCCUCGGGAAGGGUCGGAAGAUCAAGUACUUACUGGGAAGUUUUGUACUCUCAUGUAUCCGUUAUAAACACCUGGGACCGUGGAGGACUAUGAUCCUGACAGACACCAGAGGCUACUCGAAAGGCCCGUCCGUUGGGGAUCGGACAGUGACGGCUGAAGCGUCUUGA